UCUUUCCUUUUCUACCCUUUCACCAAGACAACGUUUGAGCGUUUUUGCAUCUCAAAAUGUCACUCAGUGAAGGUUGCAGGCUUGCUAACGCCAGUGCUGAAACUGCAACAAACCGAAAGUCAUGUAUCCCUUCCCCACGUUGUUCGCAUGCUCCGCUCGCGAAUCUGGUGGAUUCUCGUUAUUAGGGAGGCCGACGUAUGCCUGACAAUGGGUCGACCACCGCGCAUUUCCCCCAAUGGGAUGCUGCUUCCACGACGAAAAUCCUUUGUCAAUGGUGCCAGGACCACCAACUAUACGUCCCUUUCAAAGGUUGGGAAAUUCCGGCGAGAUCCCUGGGUACAGCAUCGACUUGAGCUAGCGUUUAUCGAAAAGGCGGAGCUAGCACUCAUUAUAUACCGAAUCCUACGCCUCCCUCGCGCAGACUGCGAAGUGCCAAAUGCACGAGCAAGCAGGGAAGCAAGAAUAUGGCUGCUUGAGGCUGAACUGAAAAACUGGCGACUCAACCUACCAGUAGACAUGACUUCGUUGAAUCCGGUUCUGAAUCUUUCAGACGACGCGGACCGGUCGCUACAUCUUAACAUCUCGGUAGUCAACCUAACGGACCGAAUGGUAAUUGUGAUUCUGUAUAAGAGCCAGGUGUCAAUAUCUGAAUGGAUCAAUGAACCUCAUGAUGAGGGCUGCAGAAAGAAAAUGACCUCUUUUAAAGCACUAAAGGCAUAGCUGUUAGCUACCGCCAACACCAUUUUAACGACGCUAUCGACACGAUCGCGGGAUAGAGCGGCC